CAGUAGACGUAUAAACAUGUCGAAUAGUAUAAUAUAUAAAAUUUGAUGGAAAUAGCAAGCAACAAAACGAUUUUGUAAAAUUGCAUAGAUAUUAAUUGCAUUAAUUUGUGCAUUGUUUAUAUUACAUCUUAAGUCCCGGAAUAAAUAAUAAAACGUCCGACUUUAGUCUAAAGAUGGCGCUUAUUGAGUUCUUCGAGUUUUAUGUGAUGCUUCGGUAAACGCUGUGAGGAAGUUUAAAUCCUCCAUGCUUCCUCGCUGUCGUCUUUGUUGUUGUAAUGACGCCAUCCACUCCUGUUCGCCCAUUGGCUGACAAGAGCCCGUUUUCGCGCCAUUCGCGCGUCUCGGCAUUGUGGGAUAGCAUCAGGAGGUCGGCGGCGCUCCGGGUCAACUCCGUGUUUUACCCAAACGCUUUUCUUUGGACGUUCGCGGAUUUUAACGGGUGCCAGCAAUGCGCGGAGAUGAAACGGAUUCGGAGUCUAUUAGAUCGGCCGAUGGUUCGAUUCGGAGCAAUCUCGAGGCGCUUUGUCAGGAGCUCAAUAUGGACGAAGACACGGCGGCAGAAGCGCUUGAGAACUUCAGCUCCAUCUGGAACACUUACACGCUGGAGGGUGAUGUCGUUCACUGGCUGGCCUGCUCUCUGUAUGCUGCCUGUAGGAAGAGCUCCAUCCCCACCGUGGGACGGGGUGUGAUGGAGGGCAAUUGCGUGUCCCUUACGAGGAUCUUGCGCUCGGCGAAGCUCAGUUUGAUUCAGUUUUUCAGCAAGAUGAAGAAAUGGUCAGACAUGUCGAACCUCUCACAGGAUUUCCGCAGCCGCAUAGGGCGACUGGAGCGCAAUUUCGAAGUGUCGACUGUGAUUUUUCGGAAAUUUGAGCCAAUAUUUCUGGACAUGUUUCAGAAUCCUCAGGGUGAACCUCCCCGGCUCCCUCGAAGCCGCAAACACCGGCGUCUUCCGUGCCACAUCAGUGACGUCUUCAAGUUCUGUUGGACUCUCUUUGUGUAUACAAAAGGUAAUUUCCGUAUGAUUGGAGAUGACCUGGUCAACUCCUAUCACCUCCUGCUCUGCUGUCUGGACCUAGUGUUUUGCAACGCGCUCAUGUGCUCGAACAAGAAAGAUCUCAUCAAUCAAUACUUCAGAGGACUGCCAAAGGACACAGAAAACUCGGAGGAAGUGCCCUGUGUCAUCGACAAGUUGUGUGAGCUGCAUGAUGGGCUGGUGGUGGAGGCCAAGGGCAUAAAGGAGCACUACUUCAAACCCUACAUGAAGACACUGUUUGAGAAAAAGAUAUUAAAAGGUGAUGUGGAGACUCUGACUGAAUUACUGGAUACCCCAAAUUUCCAAGACAACAAUAAAGCCAUAAAUCGCGAGUAUGAGGAAUAUGUUUUGACUGUGGGAGAUUUUGAUGAGCGAGUGUUUUUGGGGGCUGAUGCAGACGAGGAGAUCGGCACGCCUCGCAAGGCCACCGCUGAGCCUCCGCCAGGUCAACUAUCCGCCCGCAUGCAGGUGGAGAACAACCUUCAGCAGCACUUUGAGAAGACACGUUCCCUUGCUCCCUCUACGCCUCUAACGGGUCGUCGGUAUCUGAAAGAGAAAGAGGUGCUGGUCACCCCCGUUUCCUCAGCUACCCAAAGUGUGACUCGACUGCAGAGCAUGGUGUCUGGUCUCCGAAACGCUCCAAGCGAUGCUCUUGUACAAAUCUUUAAUUCUUGCUCUCGAAAUCCCACUGAAUCCAUUCUGAACCGAGUGAAGACCAUGGGAGAGAGGUUUAAACAGGCCUACACCAAACCCACAGAUGACCUUCCUGGAGCACAUAUGGAUUUCGCAGAGAAUCGUCUGAAGCUGGCGGAGAUCUUGUACUUUAAGAUCCUGGAGAAUAUCAUGACUCAAGAGAUGAAGAGAUUACAAGGGAAAGACAUGGCGGUCCUGUUGGAGCAGGAGGUGCUCCAUUGCUCCCUGUUGGCGUGCUGUCUUGAGGUGGUGCUCUUUGCGUACAGCUCUCAAAGAACAUUCCCCUGGAUACUAGAAAUCUUUCAGAUCCCCCCAUUCUACUUUUACAAGGUAAUCGAAGUGUUCAUCCGCUCCGAGGAAGGUUUGUCCCGAGACAUGGUGAAGCAUUUGAACAGCAUAGAGGAGCAAGUGCUGGAAAGUAAAGCCUGGACCAGAGACUCGGCCCUGUGGACAGCACUUAAUAAUGCUAAUAAUAAAGUCCCCACUGUAGAAGAGGUGAAUUUUCCUAGUAAUUUUGACACGGGCAACAAUGCAGGCGGCCCCACUCACCUCCCAUUGGUGGCGCUGUCCCCUAUCAUCCACCCUCGGAUCAGGGAAGUCCGCACAGGCCUGGGCUCCAGUGCACGCAAAGACGUCCCUCAGUCUCCCAUCUCUCUCCACGACCGCUACAGCUCACCUGCAGCCGGCAGCGCCAAGAGACGCUUGUUUGGUGACGACCCUCUACCGCAGUCCCCGGUGAAAAGAAUCUCAGUCACUCCCAUCAAAAUCAUUCCCAGCUCUGCAGAAAACAACCAGAACACCACGACUCUCCUCUCCAUGUCCACCGGAAACGGCCAGCAGCUCACCAUUCCACUGCCGGUGGUAAAAAAUGAGACGGGCGGUUUCACAGUAAUCCAACUCCAGGCCAAUGAUGUGAACCCCCUCACCGCUCAAGUCUUACUGACCGCCUCCCCCAGCCGAACCGCAGCUCUACCCGUUAGCUCCGACACACAGCCCCCAGCCGUCAACAGACCCCGCCGCACAGGAUCUCUCGCCCUCUUCUUCAGAAAGGUGUAUCAUUUAGCCAGUGUGCGUCUGCGAGACCUGUGUCUGAAGCUGGAUAUCUCAUCAGAGCUGCGAGGGAAGAUCUGGACGUGUUUUGAGCACUCGCUGCUGCAUUGUACUGACCUGAUGAAGGACAGACACCUGGACCAGCUGCUGCUCUGUGCCGUCUACAUUAUAUCAAAGAUCACAAAAGAAGAGCACACUUUUCAGGACAUUAUGAAAUGCUACAGAACCCAACCUCAAGCCAACAGCCACGUCUACCGCAGUGUUUUACUGAAGAGGCGUCUCAGAGUGCAGCAGACAGAUGAGAACAUGGAAGUGGAUCCACCAGCAGACCAGUCCAAUGAGAGGACAGAACAGGCCAGCACAACAGAGGCUGACAGCGAAUCAGAGGAAAGAGGAGACCUCAUCCAGUUCUAUAACUCCGUUUACGUACUGAAGAUGAAAUCAUUCGCUGUCAAAUAUGCACAUUCAACACUUGAUAACAAGAUGGAGGCUCCUCCGUUAUCUCCCUUCCCGUCGGUUCGUGCUCAGCCUCUCUCUCCUCGCCGAGUUUCUCAGAGACACUCCAUCUUUGUCUCCCCUCAUAAAAACGGCUCGACUCUAACCCCCAGUACUGCCUACACGUACAAGUUCACUGGCAGCCCUUCAAAGGAGCUGAGCGACAUAAACCAGAUGAUCCGUCAGGGUGGGGUGAGCAAGAAGCGGGCGUUCACCAUGGAAGGCGAUGAGACCGAGUCUCCAUCUAAAUGCCUGCGGCAAGAGAGCGACGACGUGCUGCUCAAACGCCUGCAGGACGUGGUCAGCGAGAGAGCGAGUCUCUGAGUCUCCUUACGUACCCAAUAUAAAGCCAAAAACCCCUCCUAUGUGCUGCUCAACGACUCUAGGAUGUAGAGAGAGAUGCGACAACAAUCAGUCUCUUAUCUGUUCAGAAUCAAGCACAUUAUGUCACCGAACAAUAGCAAAGCCAAAAACCAUCACGCUUUUUCAUCACGCCGGGAAUUUCUGAAUAUCAGGGAGAUUGGUUUGAACCAAUCGAAGAAUCAUGUAUCAUGUUUUUCAUGAUGCUCGUCAUGCUUUCGUAAUGAAUUAUUUCUUGCGUUAUUACAGAGAUAUUCUGUAGCUGUUGUUUUCUCAAUUAAGUGUCACCUGACCAUCAUUUUUGCAGUAGAACCCCCCCCCAGAUAUACUUUUAUUGCUGUUAAUGCACUUUUUGUGUGUGUGUUGAACCUGCCAGUGGUCCUAUCAAAGUUUUGCAACCAUCCUCUGUGCAGCUCUAUUUUCAGAUGUGUGGUAUCUACACCUCUCAAAUAAUUGUAAUAUCUCUCUUAAAAGUUUCAUGUAUUUUCUCACAAGUGUUCUGUUAAAUGAAAUGGUCAUGUUUGCCGUGCAUUUAACAUUUUAGAUGUUAAAUUUGGUGAAUUUUUUUUUUUUCCCAUCAUCUUGCUUAUCGUGUACAAAUAACUUUUUCAACACUGUGUAACAGUGAUGCAGGUAUUAUUUGGGUAUGCUUAUGUUAUUUUAUUGACAUUUAUAGGUCACAUGCCUAAUGAGGUGGAAGUGAAAUGUUUUCUUUGAAUCAUGUGACUAUUUCUACAGCUAGCUGUAUCUGCGUUUCUCAGUAUUGUCGGUUAAUUUGAAAUUGCAAUUUUAUUCUUGUACAAAUGUUUAUUUUAACCAUUAUGUUCUAACUCGAACUGUUCAACACUGUCGAUCUCUUUGCAGUUGGUGCUUUGUAUAUUAUGAAAUUUUUUUUUUUUUUUUUUUAUACAAACUCCAAAUUUUAAGCUUAGAAAUAAUUAUCUGCAUUGUUUUUUCAAAAAAAAACAUUUGUACUUUUUUCAGUGACUUUGUAAUUUAGCUUUAUUGUAAUUGUUGGUUUGAUCAAUCAGUUGUUGGUCAGUUCUGCAGUGAGUGCCUUAGCAUGUACAUAACAAUAAAACUUUUUAUCGAUU